AUGCGGUCCUCCUCCUCCCUGGCUGCGGCCAUCCUUACCCUUGCCGGCCUUGCUGCCGCAAGCGACGUCCACGACCUGCAAAAAGACAACUUUAAAGAUUUUGUUGCCGAACAUGAUCUGGUGCUAGCAGAGUUCUUCGCCCCCUGGUGCGGUCACUGCAAAGCUCUGGCACCUGAGUACGAGGAGGCCGCGACCACUCUUAAAGAGAAGAACAUUCCUCUAGUCAAAGUCGACUGCACCACCGAAGGUGAACUGUGCAAGGACUAUGGUGUCGAGGGAUACCCUACCGUCAAAGUCUUCCGUGGCCUCGAUAACAUCAAGUCAUAUCCUGGUGCCAGGAAAGCUCCAGCCAUUGUUUCAUAUAUGACCAAGCAGCAACUACCUGCUGUGUCUCUUCUCACUUCAGAGACCCUUGACGACUUCAAGACCACCGACAACGUCGUCAUCGUCGCCUAUAUCGCCUCCGACGAUAAAGCCUCGAAUCAGACCUACACUGCUCUUGCAGAAUCUCUAAGAGAUGAGUACAUUUUUGGCGCCUCCAAUGACGCCUCUCUCGCAAAAGCCGAGGGCGUCAAGCAGCCUGCGAUUGUUCUGUAUAAGGACUUUGACGAGGGCAAGAACACCUUGGAAGGCAAGUUUGAAGACGAGGCGAUCACCAAAUUCAUCAAGACUGCUUCCACUCCUCUAGUUGGCGAAGUCGGUCCGGAGAGCUAUGCUGGAUACAUGAGCGCCGGAAUCCCGCUUGCUUACAUCUUCUCGGAAACUCCUGAAGAGCGCGCUUCCUUGGCCGAGGCCUUGAAACCGGUCGCUGAAAAGUACAAGGGUGCCAUCAACUUUGCAACUAUCGAUGCAAAGGCCUUCGGUGCCCAUGCUGGCAACUUGAACUUGCCCACCGACAAGUUCCCAGCCUUCGCGAUCCAAGAAACGGUCAAAAACGAAAAAUACCCCUUUGAUGGCAACAAGCUUACCGAAAAGAACGUUGGAAAGUUCGUCAAGGCCUUUGUUGAGGGCAAACUCGAGCCCAGCAUCAAAUCCGAACCUAUUCCUGAGAAGCAGGAAGGGCCUGUUACGGUGGUUGUUGCCCACUCUUAUAAGGACAUUGUCUUGGAUGACUCCAAGGAUGUUCUGAUUGAGUUCUACGCUCCGUGGUGCGGACACUGCAAAUCACUUGCACCUAGCUAUGAGAAAUUGGCCAAGCUCUACUCUUCCAAUCCCGACUACAGCUCCAAAGUGGUUGUGGCAAAGGUUGAUGCUACAUUGAACGAUGUCCCGGAUGAGAUCGCUGGAUUCCCAACCAUCAAACUGUACCCAGCCGGAUCCAAAGACUCGCCAGUCGAGUAUUCAGGUUCACGAACCAUUGAAGAUCUCGCGGCCUUCAUUCGUGACAAUGGCAAGCAUGGUGUGGAUGGAUUCGCCGCCAAGGACGAAGACAGCGAGAUGGAAGACGUGACGUCCGCUGCCAGUGACACUUUGGCUAAAGCUGCCCCUGCGGCCACCACUGCAGCUGAAGAAGCCUCGUCCGGUGUUGCCGAUGUUGUCAAGACAGUAGUCAGCGAGGCUGCCGAGGCUGCCAGGACGUUUAUCGCAGACACGGAUGACGGCGGUCCUCAGGAACACGACGAAUUGUAA